AUGGGGAGCUCCACGGCCGAGGUGAACAAGCAGGACUUUGCGCCCGAGACCGAAGAGUGCCGCAAGAUCAUCGACAGUCUCCAGGCCACCAUUGAACUUCUCCACUAUAACCCCAGACUUAGCAUUUCGGAUGAUUUAAAGAUCGGCUUUUUCACCACAGACCAUGCUACUCAAACAGAUGCCAGUGAGAUCUUGCCGCUGAAAGACUUGAGUUCGGCUACCCAACAUCUAGUGCAGAUUAUUAAAGCCCUUCAAGUGGAUUUUGGAUUUCUCAAACAGUUUCUUCAGUUACAAUUUGAGGAUCGACUUAAAGCGGAGUCUUCCCGUCUUUUCGAUAUUCUGGAUGACAAGAUCACCACAGCGGAGAGAUGUUAUCAACAGAAUGAGGAGCAGAUGAGAAAAUGCUUCAAUCAGCAGUUAGCGGAUGCCAUCGCUGUUGUCAAAGGAACGUACACGCAAUUUUUCCAGGUGAGCGAAGAGAUGACGUCUACGCAAGACUCCAAUGCUGUCAAAAUCAACGUCUUGUUACGGAAACUGAAGGAGAAAGAAAGGAUCAUCAGGGAAUUAAGGGGGGAACUUGAAGAGUAUGAUCCAACGAGUUUCCUCAAACUUCCUACGUUCAAGGACUCUCCAGCCAGCCCGUUGGAAACGCUCGUAGACAGGGACGUUUUGGAGUGGAGAGUGGAGAGUGAGAGAAUGACUCAAAUCAUUUCAGAGCUCGAAGACGAAAUACAACUCAAUCUGAAGGAAAAUUCCACCCUAGAAGAUGAAAUUUUCAGUCUGAAAGAGAUGGUAGAAAAGGAUCAGAAAACCAUUCAAAAGUUAAUGGAGGCACGUGAGAGAAUAAGAGUUGAACUGGAAAAUGAAAAAUCACUUGUUCAAGAAAUGGUUAAUAAACAGAAAGAAAAUGCAGAAACAAGGAAAAUAAGUGAAACCAUGGGCUUUAAGGUCCUGAAAGUCAUAAAGGGGCAAGGCGCCACUUCGCCCAGGAGGCCCGUCCAGCGAAGGGUGCUCUCCAAGAGCAGGCACGCAAGGCUGUACACACCCUCCAUCCGUGUACCACCGAUUGGACGGAGGAGAUUGAAGGGCUUAAAGGGACUUUUGAAGGAAGAGCGCCUUGUGUCGAGGGAAGAGCGCCUUGUUUCGAGGGAAGAACCUCUUGUGUCGAGGGAAGAACCUCUUGUGUCGAAGGAAGAACCUCUUGCGUCGAGGGAAGAACGCCUUUUGAUCAAGAAAACUCACUUUGGGGAUAGAAGCUCUUUCUUCACCGCAGGGGUGAAACGUUCUCCACAGAUGUCAAAACAACUAGAAAAGAUGUUGAAAAUACCAGAGUAUAAGAGGGAAGACGGAAGGAAUUUGGAGGAUGAAAUAGAAAUACUGAAAAAGGCCAUAGAGGAAGAAAAAAGUAGAUCCGAAAGAAUUAAGAAGGAAGCAGAGAAGAUAAAUAAAACCUGGGAAAGGAAAUUCCUGAUUCUCAGGAACAGGUAUAGUGCCCCCCACACACAUUGUGCUUGUAAAAAUGUGAUGUAG